GUGUACUUUGGCUUAGCGUUCAAAAUGUGUAUUGUGCGAGACCGACAUCUCUAAAGUUCAAGUCAACCACGACGACUACAACUACAACUACGGCACUUCCUGAGACCUCGGAAGAAGAAGGCGUAACAACAGAAGUGAGUUCGGAAGGCAAUGUAACGAAACCGACGCUUACAGGAAAUCCUCAACUCGACUAUAUUUAUGAUCCAAAUUUACCCAAAGAAUUAAAUGGAUACAACUUAUCAGAUUAUCCCUUUUAUGAAAGGGUUCCAGAAGACAUAGACUUCAAGUGUGACGGCCUCCACGAUGGAUUUUAUGCCAGUGUGAAACACAAAUGCCAGGUAUAUCAUCAUUGCCUCUUUGGUAGGAGAUAUGACUUUUUAUGUGCCAAUUACACAGCAUUUGAUCAAACCCUUUUCAACUGCAACUUCGUAUCAAAUGUCGACUGCGUUAACUCGAAAAAAUUCUGGAAUAGGAACGACGAGCUCUACAAGACCAAAAGUACGACAGCAGCCCCCGUCAAUUACAACUUUUACACCACCACGUCUUCCCCGGCCUACGUCUUAACCCCUUCGCCCGUACAACGAACUCAACCUGCCCCAGGGUUCGCCCCUUUGCCCGCCGGAGCCCCCAUCGAACCGCGAAGGCCUGUAGGUCAGAGAAGGCCCCAACCUCCGCCUCCGAAACGGACACAACAAUUCGAAUACUACGACGAAGAUGACUACGAGGAGCAACCGAGGAUGGUCUACAGAAGAAAGAGGCCUCGCCCCAGACCAGUUUAUUACGACGAUGACUAUGAGUAUUACGACGAGAGGAGUAUUAGGAGAGGAGGAGGCCGCAGGAGGAGGCCGUACGAGAAGAGGCCGAUGAGGAAAAAUCAGAGCAGGAGAGUGAUGUAUGAAGACGAUGAUGACGAUUAUCGGUUUGAGGAAACCGGUAGAUUCGAGGAUGAUGAUAUACUUCCAGGAAGAAUAGAUCGAGGCAAGAGAAAACAGCAAAAUCGAAGGGAAGGAUUCGAAAAAAGACGAACCACGGCAAAACCCCUCAGAAAACGACCCUUCGAUGAUGAUUUCGAAGACGACUAUGACUACAUCUUAGAAAGUAAAAGACCAAAGCAGGAAGAGUCGCCGCGAGCGAAAGCAGAUCCGAAAAGAGUUCAAAAAAUGAACAUGAAGCGAUAUCUGCCCCCUAGCCUUGAAUACGAAGACAACGCAGAAGAAACCCCGCGACUCAGAAAAAGCGAGAGGGAUACGACCUCUAGAAAGCAAGACGAAUCCAGAGCGAUUAUCAAACCUACAACUGGAACUCUUUACGAUCGGCCAAGGGUAGCACCAAGAAUAAAUCUACCAGUACCGAAAAACGCGGCCGACAAAUUCGCCUACAAAUCGAUGAACUCUGAACCGCCAAGGGAUUUGGAAGAACCAAGUGACUACGAAUCUCGAGAAAGUAGUUCAGAAAGCACAACCACCACCACGACAACAGGAAAACCAUCUAGGAGAAGAGCUGCUUCGCUUAGAAGAAAUGGAAGUCGGGGCGAAACAUCCAGAAAUGCGAACAGUUCCGAAAGAACUCUCAACACCAAAGUCAGCAACGAUAAUAUCGAAACUGCUCCUAGAGACCAAGAAUCAGCUGAGGAUGAGGAGAUCCAAGAAAGACGAGCCGACAAAAAACAGGCGCCCGUUAUCGUAAAGAGUCCUCUGUCAUCAGAAGAGGACUGUCCCGAUUGCUCCAGAGAAGAGAUCCCGCCAAUUCCGAAAAUCGUCAGAGGCAAACCGCAAAAGCAAGGGAAGCCUCGCGUGUCCGUGUUCAAAACACCAAUUAAUUCACAAAGGUACUAUUCGUCCGAACUUGACGUAACGGAAAAACUCUCCCGUCAAGAUAUCCUGGAAGGAAGUUAUGACGAGUCGAUUAAUGAAGCUUAUUAGGCCUAGUUGUAGGUCGUAUUUUCACGCAAUCACAGAACUACAACUUGAUAAAUUAUCUUUACCAGUGUAUCGACUGACCUACCAAUAUAUUUUCCGAUUAGAGAAAUAAUUAUUUUUAAUUCAAUAGUUUAACCUGCAAAAGAAACAUGUGCUAGAUAUAUUGCUUUAAAUUUUUUAUUCAUAUCGGAUACCUAUCAAGUAGGAAUCCUUUUUGAUACACUAUUCAAAGACUAUUCAGUUACUUUGUUGAUCUCAUUUGAAUUUUUAAUUGCCCCCAAUUCUAUACCCGAACCUACUUUCGGAUAAAUGCUUCAAAUAUGUUCAUUUCAAGGUGUGUUAGAAGUUUUGAAAUCAAUAAUAUCUGUAAAAAUAGAAUUGUUACUGUGUCCGAAUAUCUCAUUAAAAAUCAAUGUGGAUAUUAUUAUAGUUGUCCAACUCAUAUCUUGUUCUGUAUUGUACCAAAUACCUCGUUUUUGCCAUCAAUAAAAAUAACGUGGUAACAA